AUGGUGAAGUUUUUGAGAGCUUUUGGAGUGUCAUUUCUAGUGUUAUCACUUGUUGUGGUGUUUGUAGGGUUGGCUGAGGGAAGACAAUUAGAGGAAAAGAAUAAAGUUGAUAAGGAGGGUUGUGUAGGAGAGGAAGGUGGUGGUAAAGGAGGGGGUUAUGGAGGUGGUCAGGGAGGCGGCAUUGGUGGUGGAUAUGGAGGUGGUGUUGGAGGAGGUCAUGGAGUUGGUGGUGGUUAUGGAGGUGGCCAUGAAGGUGGUGGUGUAGGAGGAGGAGGAGGCUAUGGAGGGGGCCAUGGAGGUGGUGCAGGAGGCGGAGUUGGUGGUGGCUAUGGAGGUGGCCACCAAGGUGGUGGUGUAGGAGGAGGCCAUGGAGGUGGUGCAGGAGGGGGUAUUGGCGGUGGAUAUGGAGGUGGCCAUGAAGGUGGUGGUAUAGGAGGAGGACAUGGAGGUGGUGUAGGAGGAGGUCACGGAGGAGGUAUUGGAGGUGGGUAUGGAGGUGGCCACGAAGGUGGUGGUGUAGGAGGUGGCCAUGGAGGUGGUGCAGGAGGAGGUGUUGGUGGUGGAUACGAAGGUGGACAUGAGGGUGGUGGAGUAGGAGGAGGCCAUGGAAGUGGAGGUGGAGGAGGAAUUGGUGGUGGUUAUGGAGGAAGCCAAGGAGGUGGUGCUGGAGGAGGCCAUGAAGGUGGUGGCGUAGGAGGAGGCCAUGGAGGUGGUGCCGGAGGAGGAGUUGGAGGUGGUUAUGGAGGAGGCCAUGAAGGUGGUGGUGUAGGAGUAGGAGGAGGGCAUGGAGGUGGUGCUGGAGGAGGAGUUGGAGGUGGUUAUGGAGGAGGCCAUGAAGGUGGUGGUGUAGGAGUAGGAGGGGGUCAUGGAAGUGGAGCAGGAGGAGGAGUUGGUGGUGGUUAUGGAGGAAGCCAUGGAGGUGGUGCCGGAGGAGGAAUUGGGGGUGGUUAUGGAGGAGGCCAUGAAGGUGGUGGCGUAGGAGGAGGGCAUGGAGGUGGUGCUGGAGGAGGAGUUGGAGGUGGUUAUGGAGGAGGCCAUGAAGGUGGUGGUGUAGGAGUAGGAGGGGGUCAUGGAAGUGGAUCAGGAGGAGGAGUUGGUGGUGGUUAUGGAGGAGGCCAUGAAGGCGGUGGUGUUGGAGUAGGACAUGGAGGUGGUGCAGGAGGAGGUGUUGGUGGUGGUUAUGGGGGAGGCCAUGAAGGUGGUGGUGUAGGAGGAGGUAUUGGAGGCGGACAUGGGGGUAGCGUAGGAGGUGGUGGCUAUGGAGGUGGCCAUGAAGGCGGUGUUGGUGGUGGGUAUGGAGGUGGAGUUGGAGGAGGUUCCGGUGGUGGUGUUGGUGGGGGCUAUGGAGGAGGUCAUGGAGGUGGAGGAGGUGCUGGUGGAGGAUACGGAGGUGGCCAUGAAGGAGGCUAUGGAGGUGGAUACGGAGGAGGAGCUGGUAGUGGAGUCGGUGGAGGAUAUGGUGGCGGCGCCGGAGGAGGUCAUGGAGGAGAAUACGGAGGAGGCGGCUACUAA